CGUUAUUAAAACAAUGUUAUCAAUUUUUUUCGAAACAAUGUGUUUUCUAUUGUAGAUCUCCAUAAAAAAGAGUACAAAAUACGAAGUGGGAAGUACAUUCCCCUGUAAGUUACCGAACACUUUGAUUUCAACCAAUGAGCACGGUGAAUUUUAUGAAAACAAGGAUCUAACCCACCGCAAUAGUUAGGCGGUAUCCAGUGGCCUGGAUGUACAAUGUCUCAAGAAAUAGCGAUGAAUGCCAGCGAGUACACAAAGACCUUCAAAAACAUAAAACUUUGGUAAUAAUAAAAUCAAAUGCAAAAUUUUUUACUAUUCUAAUACUGUUAGGUAUAGCCAGAUUCAUAUCUGUGAAACAAUUAGACUAUCAAGAACAUGUGACCGAAUAUGGAGUGCAUUGGAAUUUCUUUUUCACUCUAGCUCUUUGUAAAUUAUUAGCUACAUGCAUAUUAUUCCUUUCAAACAGACCUUUCUUAUUUAGCCUUAUAAUAUUGGUGUUUCAUGAAUUAAUAUUAUACUUUGGUUUACAAGACUGGGUAUUUAGUGAUACUCCUAGAACUAGCUUAAUAACAGCCAAUAGGGAAGGUAUUACUUCGUGUUUGGGUUACGUUUCUCUUUAUUUGUAUGCUGCAUAUGUCAAAACUGAAUUGAGUGAUCAUACAAAAUCAAAAAUUAAUAUUGUUCUCAAACUUGCAUGUUUAAGUGUUAUUCAAUGGAUGGCACUGUAUUUUUUAAAUAAUGAUCUACCUGUAUCUAGAACAUUAGCAAAUUCAAGUUAUUGUAUUUAUUUGUCCUCAGUUUUUACAAGUAUAAUAUGUUUAAUGUAUUUUAUUGAAGUGUUGUUUCAAGAUAAAGAUAAAAAACUGUUAUUUCAAGUUCCGUUAAUUAUUUUAGCUAUCAACGACAACGGCUUAAUAUACUUUUUAACAGCAAAUUUACUAACCGGUGCAGUAAAUUUAUCCUGCCGUACACUGUUUGUGUCCAGUUCAUUUUCUAUUGUUAUUUUAAAUGUUUAUAUGGUUUUAACUUUAUUUUUAGUUGUGUAUUUGAAAAAAGUGGGAUUAAAGAUUUGAAACCUAAAACCUUUGCUUGUAACAAGAACAACUCCUAAGUCUGAUAUGAAAAGCAUAUUGUUUGAGAUGUCACUCAUAUCUCGUGAUAUAUUUCAAGCU